AGGAGAACUUUAAUCAGUUACACCUCCCGUGACGUCACAGCUUCCAUCCUCCCUCGCUCCGCUCGCGUGCUCACGCUCGCGCUACCCUAAACUCUCGGCUAGGUGUCUCGCUCAGUGUCCCCGUCAGUCAGUCCGCCCCCGGCUGCUGCUGAGCGUCUCUCUGCUUUGAGUCAAGGAGGAGCAGUCAGGGAGCAACUAAACCACCCGAGGACUUCAAACCUGGACUAAACACCUGGCGGACUUUAGUUUGACCCGUCCCUUUAGCUUUUGGUCCUGAAAAACCACCUGCCGCCAUGGCUCGGACUCCCGACGGUGUGAGCAAGCUCACUGAAAGUACCUUCAAGAAUGUGAUGGAGCAGUUCAACCCAAAUCUGAGGAACCUGGUCAACCUGGGCAAGAGCUACGAGAAAUCUGUCUCGGCAAUGACUUUAGCUGGAAAAGCCUAUUUCGACGCCGUGUCAAAGAUAGGAGAGAAUGCGAUUGUAUCUCCGGUCUCCAGAGAGCUUGGUGUUGUUUUGAUGGAGAUUGCUGAAGUGCACCGGAAGGUCCACAACGAACUAGAGGAGAAUUUAAAGAGAUUCCACAAAGAGGUUAUUGUUGAGCUGGAGAAGAAGACGGACAUGGACGUGAAGUACAUGACUGCCACCUUCAAGCGAUAUCAAACGGAGCACAAGCUGAAGCAGGACUCGCUGGAGCGCUCUCAUGCAGACCUGAAGAAAAUCAGGAGGAAAAGCCAAGCGAAGCACUCGUCCAAGUAUGAAAUCAAGGAGAACGAGUAUAUGGAGACCAUCACGUCCCGGCAGAUGGACAUGCAGAAGUUCAUUGCCGACGGCUGCAGAGAGGCCUUCCUGGAAGAAAAGAGACGCUUCUGUUUCCUGGCAGACAAACACUGCCUGUUCUCUUACCAGCUUAGUAAUUUCCAUGAAAAGGCUAAAGACAUCCUGAGCUCGAGGCUGCCCACCUGGCAAGAAAAAUGCAGCGACAUCAACAGAGUGCCUGACUCGAUGGAGAGCUUGAUAGAAGGUCUGUCCACCAUCCCAGAACAAUACCCGCCGGCCGAACAGUACAACAGGCUUCAUCAGAACAUGGGAUCAAUGGCACCUCCUCCAGCACCUCCACUGAAGGCUCAGAUCAGUCCGUUGGCCAAUAUGUUUAACCCCGAGCCCAGAGUUUCACUGACCACCUCCUCAGAUCACAACUCAGAUCAGGGCAGCGUUGCAGAGGACAGUUUGUCCAGAUCCACGUCGCAGUCAUCUGGUCUCAACGUGAGCAAGAAGCCCAGAGUCCGGACCAUCUUUCCACACACGGCAGGCAACAACAACACGCUCCUCAGCUUCGAUGAUGGUGACAUCAUCACCCUGCUCAUCCAGGAGGAGAAGGACGGGUGGCUGUAUGGAGAGAUGGAGAACACGCAGCAGCGUGGUUGGUUUCCUUCAUCCUACUGCAGACCUUACACUGAGCCGGCCAUAUCCAAUGGCAGCAACAUGAGCACACCGGUGAGGAGUUUGAGUGUGACCAGUCUGCAGGAGGAAGAGGAGGAGGAGGAGGAUGGGGUUUAUGAACCUGUUCUGCUUCCACCAGCAGACUACAGUGACUACACACCGUCUACCCCAGUGGUCUCAACACCUUCAUCACAGAACACGGUCAGUGUUCGCCUUAGAAUCUAG